AUGGCCAGACAAAUCACUGAUACUGAAAUAAGACAACUUUUAGAAUUAGAUUUGAAUGAAAAUGAAAAUGAGGAUGUAGUUUUUGAUGAAAGUGGUGCCGAGUCGGACCACGUGAGUAUCCAACAUGAUUCAGAUGAUACCGAGAAAGAAGAGGAUGAACACCCUAUUGAACCAAAUAAUAGUGACAGCGAUAACAGUGAUGUUGAGAUGUCUCAGCCAUUGAGUAAUUUUGCUCGCAGAUCAAUUUACAAAGGUAAAGAUAACACAGUAUGGUACCGUAAUCCUCCGAGUUCUCGCGUCCGCACAAGAGCAGAAAAUAUUAUAACGGGAAUACCUGGAGUAAAACCUCAUGCAAAAAAUGCCCAACAAGAACUCGAUUGCUUCCAUCUGUUUGUCACCGAAAGUAUGCUAAGUGAAAUUCUAGAACAUACUAACAGUAAGAUUCGCAAUGUGAGGAAGGGUAUUAACAACACUUCGAAUGAAUAUGCCUAUUCAGACACCACAUUAAGUGAACUAAAAGCAGUUAUUGGAUUACUCUUCUUGGCUGGAUUAUUCAAAUCUGGAAGACAAAACCUAAAAGAUUUGUGGGCAAAUGACGGAACAGGCAUCGACAUAUUUCGAAUAACGAUGAGUUUGAGACGGUUUAUGUUCAUUGUUAAUUGUAUGAGAUUCGAUAACUUGGACACGCGUGAAGAAAGAUCAGCAAUUGAUAAGUUGGCACCUAUCAGAUAUUUGUUUGAAGAGUUUGUGAGAAUUUGCCAAGACGUCUAUGUUCCAUACGAAAAUUUAACAAUUGAUGAAGAGCUGGUAGCUUUUCGUGGUAGAUGUGGGUUUCGCCAGUACAUACCCAGCAAGCCAGCCAAGUAUGGAAUCAAAAUUAUAGCCCUUGUUGAUGCCCAAACGUACUAUUCUCUGAAAAUGGAGAUAUAUGCAGGAGAACAGCCAGAUGGUCCAUAUAAGGUAAGCAAUAAGCCCCAUGAUAUAGUUGAUCGUAUAGUACAGCCAAUCUCUCAAACAGGAAGAAACGUAACGAUGGACAACUGGUUUACGAGCCAUCCCACGUUUGAAUACCUACUGAAAAAUCAUAAAUUGACGGCUGUGGGAACAAUGAAGAGAAACAAAGCUUGUAUUCCACCAAAGUUUCAAGAAAAACGUGACGUGAACACCACACUUUUUGGGUUUCAAAAGGAUAUGACAAUUCUAUCGUAUAUUCCAAAACGAAAUAAGAAUGUUUUCAUGCUGUCGUCAUACCACCACGAUUGCGAGAUAGAUCUUGAAACAGGUGAUCAACAAAAACCUGCAAUUAUAACCUUCUACAACCAAACAAAAAGUGGCGUAGAUAACGUGGACAAACUGAUACGUACAUACGAUGUAUCUCGAAACUCGAAAAGAUGGCCACUGACAAUUUUUUUCUGGAUUCUCAACACCGCUGGAAUAAACGCGAAAAUUGUUCACAUGUUGAACAAUCCUGGUGCAAUUGCAAGUAGAAGACAAUUUAUAAAAAAAUUAGGCAUUGCAUUGACGGCUCCACAUCAGGCUGAACGACUUAAUAAUAUGCGUCUGUCAACUACCCUACGUAAGAGAAUUGGCUCUCAUAUAGGUGAACCCUCCGAGCCAACACCCAAAAGACCUGAUUCAUACAUAAAAAAGCGUUGCUAUUUAUGUCCGAGCAAAAAAGAUCGCAAGUCUAAGUACACUUGUGCCUCUUGCACAAGUCACAUUUGCCUGGAACACGCGAAUUUUAUAUGCGAAAAUUGUCGCACAAAUACUGAGUAG